AUGUCUCUCGAAACGUCAAGUGUUAUAAACCGACAACGUGGCAACCAGCCCGGAAAUCAUUCAACCAUUAACGACAGCCACGGAAGCCUACAAACAAAACUAAGGAGCGUCUUCGGGGAGGAAACCGACUUCGCUACGAAGAAACUGGAGAAGUACCGGAUAAGAAAACAGAAGCUACUAAGCCAACUGGCCUUCUUGUGUCGGUGCCGAGAGGAAUCAGUCAUGCCAGGGUUCCUGAAAAUAAAACACCACAUCCAGAGCCACUCUGCUCAAAGAAUCUUACACCGAGCCAGUACCUGCCUUUUACUUGAGAGAAUCAGAUACACCAGGAGGAAACUAGACCAAACUGAAAGGGACCUACUGGAAGUACACCUCAGAUUCACCAAUAAACUGGACAGAGAAGCCUGGGAUUUGGUGGACAAAUUAACUACGGAGAAAGCUUCUAUCAGAGGAGAAGAAGCCACCACCAAGCAGAAAUCCAAGUUCGAGAAGCUGCUCAACGACCAAUUUCCGAAACAAGCCAACUUAAACAAGUCUCGGAUCGUCAUCAACCUUGCAUCCAUCCAACUAGAUGAAGACACUACAGAGGUACUUGCCAAAGACGUGGCCGAAGAAGUGAGAGCCGACGCAGCACACGUUCUUCGGACUGCUAAACCUUCCAAACCCAACCUGAACCGCAGGGAGAUUCAAGCCCUUAAAAAUCUUCAGAAGAAUGAAUCAAUAACAAUACUGCCUGCCGACAAAGGGGACGCAACAGUCGUACUGAACGCCGUGGACUAUAUCGCCAAGGUGGAAAACCUAUUGUUGGAUCCCAUUUACAAGAACAUCCGAAACAACCCAGUCAAGAAAAUUGAGAAGAAGAUAGCCGCUGCAGUCCGAUGCUCAAACAUACCCAAGGAAGUUCACAGGAGGACCAAGGACUUAGUAGGGAGGACAGAGCAUCACGUCAAAAACGCCGGAGUCUUUAUCGACAGGAUUCGAGGAAUUGCACUCCAACCAGGAGAUAUCCUGGUGAGCUUCGAUGUCACAUCCCUAUUUACGAAAAUACCUGUCGACGAAGCUUUGGAGGAACUGCAUCGAAGACUAGUCGCAGAGGAAAAAGAUGAGAGUCUAAUGGAAUUAAUGAAAAACGCCGCUCUUCCCUUCUUGUAUGUUUUGGUGGAGAGGAAACCAGAUGGCACUUUAGGACAUCGAGUAUAUAGGAAGCCAACUCACACAGACAGGUAUCUGAAUGCACAGUCCCACCACCACCCAGCCCAAAAACAGGGGAUCAUAAAUACCUUAAUUCAUCGAGCGCGGAUCAUUAGCGAGCCAAGACACUUGGCCGAAGAACUAGAACACCUACGCACGGCCUUGAGAGGGAAUGGCUACAAGGCGGGAAAUAUAGAACGAGCUAUCAGGAGAAGACAUACACCCAUUGAGAAACAGGA